AUGGUUUACCCUGGAAAACCCAAGUCUCUUUCCACCAAUCUCUGCUUCCUUUUCCUCCUCUUGUCAACAAAUCUCCUCACCUUUUUCCUAUCUUCCACCCUUUACGCUUCUUGCUCUCUCCGAGUCCGAGUCCCUACUUCCUCUUCCAGUGACACCGUUGCCCCCAAAACCAAUGCUACUGACGCGACCAGCGUGCAAGAUUAUUCUCUGUCUGAAUUGAUCUCUCAACCUACUUCAAAACCUGACGAAUUCCUUAGCUUUCUUUCUGGACAGUCACUUCCAUUAGGAUUCAACACAAACUUUGGUUCCAAUACCAUCUAUUCUGCAGUGGGACGCGCCUGCACUCUCUUUUCGGAUGAACUUCGACAGUACAUGUCGUACAAAGUGAAUGGAUCAUGUCCGGAUGACGAGCUGCUCAGCCAGAAGCUCCUCCUCAGGGGCUGCGAGCCACUGCCUCGCCGCCGUUGUCGCCCCGCUGCAUCGCCUCAAUACACCGAACCAUAUCCUCUUCCUACCAGCCUAUGGAGAACACCACCCGAUUCAUCAGUUGUGUGGACAGCUUAUGCUUGCAAGAACUACACUUGUCUUAUCAAUAGGAAGCGUAAGCAAAAGGGUUUCGACGAUUGCAAGGAUUGCUUUGAUCUUGAAGGCCGUGAGAGAACUCGUUGGACUUCAAAUAGAAGCGAGGAUGGACUUGAUUUUGCUAUUGAUGAAGUGUUAGCGGCAAGAAAACCUGGUACAAUCCGAAUAGGGCUUGAUAUCGGUGGUGGGGUGGCUACCUUUGCUGUCAGAAUGAUGGAAAGAAAUAUAACCAUUGUAACAACCUCCAUGAACUUAAAUGGUCCAUUCAAUACUUUCAUCGCCUCAAGAGGGGUUAUCCCUUUGUACGUGAGCAUUUCGCAGAGGCUGCCUUUUUUCGAUAGCACAUUGGAUAUAGUGCACUCCAUGCACCUUUUGAGCAACUGGAUUCCAAGGACGAUGCUGCAUUUCUUAAUGUAUGAUAUCUACAGAGUGCUAAGGCCUGGAGGAUUGUUUUGGUUAGAUCAUUUCUUCUGUGCUGGGGAGCAGCUGGAGGAGAUCUAUGCUCCUCUUAUUGGAAGCGUUGGAUUCAACAAGUUGAAGUGGGUGGUGGGGAGGAAGCUUGAUCGUGGGCCGGAGCUCAGGGAGAUGUACCUCUCAGCUUUGUUGGAAAAGCCGUUAAACAACUCUUCGUUUUUAGCUCAGUUCUUCUCACCAACUAAAAUUGGGAAGAUGAGGAAUGACAUCGCAUUAUUCAUGCAACUAGAUUCAAAAUCUUUAUAUGAUGCUUGGGAAAGGUACAAAGAUCUACUUAGAAGAUGUCCUGAUCAUGGGUUUCCUAAAUGGCUACAAGUACAAAUAUUUUAUAAUGAGUUAAUAAGUCCUAUUAGAACUACCAUUGAUUUUGCAACUAAAAGAGCACUCAUGGCAGAAUCUAUUGAUAAGCCAUAUGACCUAUUGGAAGAGAUGGCAUCUAACAAUUACCAGUGGCUUUUUGAGAUAUCGGUGCUUAAGAGAGUUGUUGGUAUUCAUGAAAUGGAUGCUAUCAAUGCCUUGACUGCACAAGUAGCUGCUUUAGCUAAGAAAUUUGAUACUUUAAUGGUUCAUUCUAUUUAG